AUGUACUGUGUCCUCUCCCUGACUGCCGACCUCCACGACCAAUCACAGACCAGAGAAGCACCUCCACGACCAAUCACAGACCAGAGAAGGACCUCCACGACCAAUAACAGACCAGAGAAGGACCUCCACGACCAAUCACAGACCAGAGAAGGAUGUACGACCAAUUACAGACCAGAGAAGGAUGUUCGACCAAUCACAGACCAGAGAAGGAUGUACGACCAAUCACAGACCAGAGAAGGAUGUACGACCAAUCACAGACCAGAGAAGGACCUCCACGACCAAUCACAGACCAGAGAAGGACCUCCACAACCAAUCACAGACCAGAGAAGGACCUCCACGACCGAUAACAGACCAGAGAAGGACCUCCACGACCAAUCACAGACCAGAGAAGGACCUCCACGACCAAUCACAGACCAGAGAAGGACCUCCACGACCAAUCACAGACCAGAGAAGGAUGUACGACCAAUCACAGACCAGAGAAGGAUGUACGACCAAUCACAGACCAGAGAAGGACCUCCACGACCAAUCACAGACCAGAGAAGGAUGUACGACCAAUCACAGACCAGAGAAGGAUGUUCGACCAAUCACAGACCAGAGAAGGAUGUUUGA